AUGGCCACAGCCGGCUUCCAUAGAUGUUCGUGGGAGCAAGUUGUAAGUGAUGCGGAGGAAAAUCGAAUUGCACGUGCAACACGUACCAGAGUUCUGUAUAAAAACAAACUGACGCCUAGUCAAGAUUUAUUGAGUAUUAAACCUGAAGUAUUUAUAGAGGGUGAACCUGGUGAUGUUACCUGUACCUAUAACAAUCAGUAUACAACAUUUGAAAUUUACGGUAGUAUCGGUGAUACACAGACUAUUACAACAUGUCGUGUACAGUUAUCAAGUUGUAUUAUUUCAUCAACUGGUAUUAAUUAUACUCAAUAUUACAAUAUAUCUAAAACUAAUAACAGUGUUACAAUUCAUAUUUAUAAUGUCAAUAAAACAAGAGAUAGUGGUGUAUGGAGAUGCAAGGUGUUUGUAUCAGCAUAUAAUCAAUCUGAAGAAACUUUAACAAUUGAUGUAAAAGUUCCUGUAUCCAGUGUAGAAAUCACCAAUAACAAUGUUUAUUAUAACUAUAAUUACAGUUCCUGUAGUGUAGAAAUCACCAAUAAAAAUGAAGAUUUCAUAAAAGAUAGAACUGUCAAUUUAGAAUGUAAAACUACUGGAGGAUAUCCUCUACCAAAUAUCACGUGGUCUAUAAAUACUAGAAUAUUGAUGACGUCAGUUAAUACAACUACCAGUAGUUUAUCAUAUCAACCUGUUGUAUCAGAUCAGGGUCAAAGGUUACAAUGUUCAGCUACCAAUGGUUAUGGUCAAUCUAAAACUGAUUCAUUUCAACUUGAUAUUAAAUAUCAACCAGUUGUUGAUAUAAAUUCAUCUAUAACACUAUAUAAACUGAUACAAGGUCAGACAGUUAAGUUAGAAUGUCAAGUUAACCAAUCUAAUCCAGUAGUUACAAGUUAUAAAUGGUAUAGAAAUGGUAAUAUAAUAACAGGAUCUAGUUCAACAUAUACAGUAUCUAAUGAUGGUAGUUAUUCCUGUUCAGCUACUAAUUCUGUUGGUGAAUCUGAUAGAAGUCGUGUUAUAUCUGUAGAAAUAUUAUAUCCACCGUCUGUAUCUACUCCACAAUCACCAUAUUCUAUUAUAGAAUCUACUCCCCUUACUAUACCCUGUAUAGUUACAUCUAAUCCUGUACCUAAUAAUUAUACUUGGUCUGGACCUAAUAACUUGAUACAAUCUCAACAGAAUUUAACUAUAUCUAGUAUCAAUAGAGAUCAAACAGGACAAUAUACAUGUACAGUUAGUAAUAUCAUGAUACCAACUACUGGUGUACAACAAACUGGUACAGGAAUUAAUUCAACUACUGUAAAUGUUUUAUAUGGUCCUGAAGUUAGUGUAUCUAGUGUAGAAACUAAUAUAAAAGAAAAUGAGAAUCUCAGAAUAAAUUGUAAAGUAAAAUCCAAUCCACCAACCAAUGAUAUAGUAUGGUAUCAAUCUAAUGGUGAUAUUGUACCAAAUCAAUUUGUGAUUAAUUCUGGAGCUAAUAGAAGAGAUUUAGUUAUUAAUAAUAUCAAUCGUAGCAAGUCAGAUAAUUAUACCUGUACAGCAAGAUUAGAUCUACAUCCUACAGUUGGUGAAAUUUUACCACAAACUCACAGUCAAUCUUCUACCAUUAAUGUUCAAUGUGAGUGA